AUGCAUCAAUCUACACACACCGGGGCGCGUACUACUAGUACCGCUGCCCGCUCUCCAUCCCCCACUACCGCGCCUGCUGAGCCGCCCGCGGAGCCGCCGGUUCCCGAGCCCGCAGCCGCCAGCGACUAUGCGCCUUCCCUGCUGGCGCCCUUCAACGAGAACGAGGAUGAUGCGGACUCCGCCUACGGUGGCUCCUCCGCCGGCACUGACACCACUUCUCUCCUGUCCUCCAUCGCACGCUACCGCGAGGAGAACGGCCGCACAUAUCACUCCUACGGCACCUUCGAGCACUGGGGCCCCAACGACGAGAAGGCCCAAGACCAACAGGAUCUCAGUCACCACCUCUGGAGUCUGGCCUUGAAAGGAAACCUGUUCCUCGCGCCCGUUCAGAACCCCAAACAUGUCCUCGAUCUGGGUACCGGUACCGGCAUCUGGAGCAUCGAGGUCGCAGAGCAGUUUCCCGACGCUCAGGUCAGAGGAAUCGAUCUCUCUCCCAUCCAGCCCUCCUGGGUUCCCCCCAACUGCUUCUUCGAGAUCGACGACUUCAACGUAGAGUGGAUCGACGAGAACAAGUUCGACCUGAUCCACGGGCGCGAACUGCUGGGCACGGCGCCGGACUGGCUCUCCGUCUACAGCAGCGCACUCAAGGCCCUGCGACCUGGCGGAUGGUUCGAACAACACGAACCAUCGCUUUUCUUCCGCUCCUCCGUCCAAGAACUCGACGAAUCCCAUCCUUUCCCGCAAUGGGGCAAACUCAUGACCGAGGCCGGCUAUAAAGCGAGCGCCCGCUUCGACAUUGGCGCCGAGCUGAAAGGGUGGAUGGAACAGGCUGGAUUCAUCAAUGUCACGGAAUACCGCAUGCCCUGGCUGAUAGGCGGCUGGUCCAAGGACAAGCACGAGAGGGAGGUUGGGCAAUGGAAUCAAUUGCGGCUGGACCUGGGAAUUGCCGACUUCUGCUCGAGGAGGUUCCAUAACCAUAUGGGACAGAGCCCCGAGGAGAUUGAAGUCUUCUGUGCGCAUCUCAGAGCAGCUUUCCGCGACAAGAGCUUGUAUGCAUAUCAGUGGGCGUAAGUUUACUCACCUCUCACCGACACAGCGUUGUUGGUUGUGCUUCAGCUAACCGGGGUGCGCAGUCAUUUCGUCUACGGACAGAGACCACCAGAGGAUGCAACAACAGCGGCCUGA